GCGCAUGUAGCGGCCGGCUAGCAGGUGCACAUGCGUAAGGGUGCCAUGUACACACAAUAUCUUGUGCAAAUAAAUUACACUUUACAAAUGCGCAAUGAAUUAAAGCGCUAAAAAAAAAAUUCUUUACGAUUUGAAAGUUUUGUUUUCCAAUCAAAAUGCAUAUUUGCUCGAGCGGUACACUGCUUUCCAGAGCCAAGGAGUGUAGCCAACGUGCGCCAUCGCACAUAAUAAAAUACUAUCAAAAUGCAACUUUUUUUUUCUUUUCAGGGUGGCAAUGUUUCAGGGCAACAAGCAUGGAUGGUGAAUCCUCACAGUCGUCAUUUUGAAGCGGGCAUCCGCGCUACGAAACACGGACCUGUCCUGGGAGCCAUUAAAGUUGAAGAAGAGGCCCCUGGUUGUGAAGACGCCGAGGGCAAACGCUCUUCUAAGAAUGACUCGCUCACCGUCUGCCAACAGAUGGUGCACCCACACCGAGAAAAGAAAUAUCAGUGCCGGUACUGCCCUUUCUCCUGCUCCAGGUCGUCAGGCGUCAAGAAGCAUGAAAGGACGCACACAGGCGAGAAGCCCUUCAGCUGCAACGUCUGCCACAAAGUGUUUGCAGAGAAGGGUAACCUGCAAGUUCACAAGAGAAUUCACACGGGUGAAAAGCCCUUCAGGUGCCAGACUUGCCAUAUGGCGUUUGCGGGUAGCACUGACUUGAAGCGUCACAACAUUACAGUCCACACGGGUGACAAACCGUUCAGGUGCGGAACGUGCGGGGCCGUGUUUUCCCGGCAGUUCCAGUUGAGGUGUCACGAGGCACUUCAUGGUGGAGACCCGUUAUUCCAUUGCAAGUGGUGUGGGGAAAGGUUUGUGCAGAAAACCUUUUUAAAUGCACAUAAGACGGAGCACCAUCCACGAGGGACAUCCGCUGUAUAGUAAAGGGCGGUGUAGCUUGGUGUGUUUGUUCAGUGUUGUUUGACCAUUUUGAGUGGACCACCUGUUAACUGAUAGCUUAUUCAUGAAUCAUCUAUGAUCUAUCAAUACUGGGUGCCUUUUAACACUAGGGUCAGGACUGCAAAGAGAACCAUCGCUAAUAGAGAACCCCUCAAUCCCCAUCGCGACAAGUAUACCAUAUUUUCCGAUAUAUAUAUCACACUUCCGCAAUAUAAAUGGCUGUUGUCAAGAAAACAGUGUGUAGGCCGCAGCUUUAUACAAGUUGCACCGCUAUAUUUUCAUGAUCGGCACACCAAAGGUUAACUGAAAAGCCUGCAUACCUAUGUGUGUUACAAUUGCAAUAUUGUGCAAACGAGAGCAGUUUCAAUAUUCUCAUCAAUGAAUUGAACGAGAAAUAUAACCCCAAUAGCAAAUUUUCAGGCCCUAGUGUAUCGUAUUGUGCUAUACAAGAUAGCCACGCGGCGAAGCGAAGAAGUGCUCGCGCUACCAACACGAGCACUCGGGACAUUGUUCGGAGCCUUUGGACUGAAAGGACACACGCCGGACACAGCGGGACGUAACAUUGAUCUGAUAACAAUGUCUCAAGAAUAAAAAAACAUACUCCUAGUUAUAGAAAAUGUUGCAUACAAUUUGCAUCGUUGUAUAAAAUGCAUGGCAGAAAUUUAAAAACAAAAGAGCGACUCGCGCUAGGAAAUACGGUAGGCGCAUUUUUGUUCUGCCAUGCCUCGGAGCGCUUUACUUUCUACCAUUCCUGGAUACCUCAAGUUGAACAUAUUUUGGGACACUGGACUUGAACAGCUGGGCACCUGCUGAAGCAGGUGUAGAGCAUGAAAUGAAACCAGAACUUCCUAUAAAAUAUUUUGAAACCAGAUAUUUUUGUGCAGUAUGUGGUCUUCAGCCAGUUCUCUGCACAAUUCCUUCAGCAUAACGUCCUUGAAAUAACAAUACUUUUUAAAUAUUUGAACCAAGCUGUUAUCUAAAAUUCAUUCACCUGUGUAAAUGAUUCUCCUCCUAAGUAUGCGUAGUAUGCACUUGUGUUGUAUUUCUUGCAUUGGUUGUUUUAAUCUUUCAUUAGCAUUUUGUAUGUUGAUGUAAUCUUUGUGUUUAUGUUUUCCAUGUCACACAGCAGAUCAGCAGAGGUUUGCGGUCAUGAAAAAAAUAAACAAGAAUUUGCCCAUUGACAAAAGGCAAAGGAAAAAAAAGAAGGCAAUUAUUGUCUUAGCAUUCCUUGGAAAUCUUUCGUUUGCGACAUAAACCUCCUUUCAGCUUAGGAAUGUGCUAAGACAACUUAUGAACUAUGACAAGUAAACAAUUAUACUUGGAAUUAAAAUUGUGAUAUCUUAAACUAUGCAAAAUCACAAAUCUCGUUUUAUACUUGCCAGUUAUCAUCACCUCUUGUUUAACUGUGGUUAAGGUAGGCUUAUCAUUACCACUUUUUCUCACAUUCCAGAGAUAUACUUUGUAAUUGGUAAGGUACCUACUAAAUUCUCAACAAAUGGGCUUCUGUCAAGACCAUUCAUUUCAGUAUGCAUUACCUCCACAAACAUGUCAUUCAGUCUUGUCAGACAAAACAUUUGUCAUUCUCUUAUUAUUCGCAGCUGUUCUGCAACAUAGAAUCACCUGGCCGGAGCCAAAUCCUUGUUAACUCAAGUUUUCGAGCUACCAAAACUAAGUUUCUUUUGGUAACAUGUCGUGCAGUUGCAUUUAUUUGCGUUGAUAUUGCCGUGGUCUUGUUUUUAUUUAUAUUCUUGUGUAACCCACCACACUCACUCCUCUGUAAUGCCUUUAGACAUGAAGGUAACUGAAUAAACAAACAAACACAAGGAGAGAGUGGAAGUGCCAAACACAUACAACCCAGCAUUUGUAGUUUGACUCUGUCCCUGUGCUUUUUUUUUUUUAAAUUGGAAUACCAUGCAUUGCCUAGUUCAAGUCAAUACUUUGAUGCACCCUAAUAACACAGCAUGAAUAUCACCUU